AUGUCAUUAACAAUCUAUGUCGCGCACUCGGGCAUCAAAGUCGUGGCCGAGCCGGCCAAGGUCAACAGCCUCGAGAGCCUCCGGGCAUGGGUCCAGCGCACCGCCCAGAUCCCCGUGAACAAGCAGGUCUUCCUGACCUCCAAAGGCAAGGCAGUCAGACCCCAGACGCUGCUCACCGAGCCCGAAAUCUACGUCUUUGACUCCAACUCGUUCUCUCCGACCAACACCAGCCUUUCGCUCAUCCCCGAACCCUCUCCUCUGAACCCUGACACUCCGCCCGACUCGAUCGCCAACCAUGACCAGCUUCCGUCAUGGAACGACUUAUUCCGUCGUCGUCUCGACUGGGCUAAAACCCUGCGUGAUCAGUAUGCCGGUCUGGUAGACAGCACACAGCGAUACCAUCAAGAGCAGGUUAUCAUCGAACAAAGCGUCAACGUCGCUGUCAUGAGCCUGCACCUCCACAUUCGUUCUACCGAGCAAAAAUACCAGCACGAGGAAGAGUGGGUUGAUAAACUGCUUAGGCAGCAGGAGGCACACGUCGAUAGCUGGGAAAGAGACCUUGAUAUCCUCCAGCACAUUCCAGCCAAACUAGACUUCGCUCGCUACAUCCAAUCUCAGACCGCCAUACCCUUGCAGCAAUCUGGCCAUGAUUCCGAGGUCACUCUACAACAGUUCGUGCAAGUCGAUCACGUCAAGCAGGCUGCCUCAUCUGCUCAGAACAUCAUGACCAACUUUGCACAAAGAGUUCACAACAUUCAACAAUCCCUAGAAUCAACCGCUAAGGAUAGUGAUGCACUGCUUGAAGCUGUCCAGACUGUCCAUCUAAGUCGAGUUGAUAACACAGACGAGCCAGCAAAACUUCUCGAAGAGGUCGAUAUUAUCGUAAACAAGAUGUCCAACGACCUGGAACACGUAGGAUCCUUGUCAAAUAAUGCUCAGAAUGCUGCGAGAGCUUCCAAAAUGGCUCUGCUACACACUAGGAAUUAUCUGCCCAACCUAGAUGGCUUGUGCGUCGAGCUUAAUUCGCUGGUUCGCCAAACGAUCCAACAGCGUAACAAUGCCGCUCAGAACUUUUUGCAUCACAUGCAGACUCUCUCCAACAUCGAGUCUCGUCUGGCUCAAGUUCAUUCAAGUCUAAAACACCUGAGCAUGUCGCAGAGCGACGAGCAAGUCUUUGACACACUCAACGUCCUGUCCAAGCUCCCAUUCGUCUAUGGCUCUCUCAUGAUCGAAGCAGUGCGUCGUCGUGAAUGGGCUGACAAGAUGAAGUCUGACUCCGCCACACUCGCCGAAGAAAUGGCUACCUAUCAGGAAGAGGAAGAGCGCCGUCGGACCAAAUGGCUCAAAUCUGUCGAUGAUGUAGUCAAGACUGAAGCCUUCGAAGGGAAGCCUUUGAGCGUCGAAGUGAACCUUCAAGCGGAUGAUCUUGAGUGGCCUGUCGUCCAGAGACAGACUCUGCAAGACUACAUCCAGAUCUUGAAUGAACUGGAGUUUCCUAGCUCUGUCGUGCAAACGCUCUCGACUGCGCUCAGAGAUUUAGAUCGUCCCACCAAGAAGCAGAUCAAGCAUGCCAAGACGUUUAAAAACGGCAGUAUGCACGAGGCUGCUUUCGGAACUACUUCCUUGAUGCUUCGUGGUGAGGACGAGUACAAGGUCCUCAGAGAAGCAAACAUCAAGCUCGAGGAAGAGCUACGAGGACAGAAAAGUCGAGUGCGAAGGCUGGAAGACAUCCUUCACCGCCAUGCUCACAUGAACCGCGCAACAACGGGCGAUAGUUUCAGGCCCUCGAUCGAAUUGGUUUCUGACAUGGUCAGCCCAACUCCGCCGUCACCUAGGCCUUCUGAGGAGCUGGUCAGGCAGGCUGUCGGCUCUAGACGUCCGUCCUCUAGCCUAGCCGCAGAAGAAGGCAAACUUGCCAAACGUAUCGUAACCCUCGAAGCCGAACUCCAUGCUGCCAAGGAACANCACUUCCAACCUGGAAAAGAUGCUGAGGACAGAAAGCAGAAGGAUGUUGAUAGCCAACGAGAGAUCGAAGAAGCUGUUUCUACGAAAAGGGAUAUUAUGCAGAACAUGGAAGCACAGCAGAGGGAGUUUGCAGAUGAGCGUAGGGUUCUGGAGCAGGACUUGGAUCAGGCACGACACAGGAUUGAGGAGCUUGAAGAUGAGAUCGACAGACUUUUAGGCAGUCGUGAUCAAGAAGUUUCUGGUAUCGAUGCUAAAACCAAGACUCUCGAGGCUGAGAUUGAGAAAAUGAAACAGUCUGCAGAAGACGCGCAGUCAAGGCACCAUACCGUUCUCGAGGAAACUCAGUCUUCUCUAAGGAAACAGCAAGAGGAGAACCAACGUCUAAAGGAGCAACUGCAGGUCCUCAGAAAGAGCCAAGAUGAACAGCAACAGUACGAAUCGGAUAAUCUCCGAGUUCUUAAGGAGACUCACAAGCACUUGUCGCCAAGCACUUCGCCUCCAGAAAAGUUCAUGGAUCUAGUCCCUGCUUUGGAAGGCCUCGCACAGAAGUCUGCGGACCACGUAAGAGAGCUGAAUGAUGCCAUCGCACUUGCGAGAUCCGAAUCUGAAUCUCUCCGAUCGCAAAGUAACACUCAAAGGACCGAAAUUAAGACAGCCAAGGCGAAGCAGGCUGUUAGCGAGGCUGAGCUCAUUCGCUUACAAGACGAGAUGGAGGCAGAGAAAGCGCACGCCGAGUCGUUGGCGACAUGUCUCGAAGACGAACGCGAGCAGUUACGUAAGCUUCGCUCAAAGUUCGCCGACGGAGAGACAGGUGCAGAUGUGCUUCGCCAGCGUGUCUCGGAAGAGGAGGGUAGAGUCAUCCAACUUUCAGAACAGCUUUCCGACGCGCAGACUCAUGCUGCUAGCCUUGAUGUGGAGAUCAUGCGGAUACAAAAGCAGCUUAAUGAGUCUAGAUCUACAGCCGCUUCUGUUGAAGAACAACUCAGGCGGCGUGGUGCGCGUGCNAAAGAGGUCGCUCAGCGCUUGUACGCUCAGAAUGCGCGUCUAUUGCGUCUGCUUGAAGCUUUGGGUUUUGUUGUAUCUCACAAAGAUGGCAACAUGAUCAUCGAGCGCGCGUCCAAGGUCACCGCUAGUACUACCUUCGACCCAACGUCAACACUGUCUCGGGCGAUUUCGAUGUCUUCACCCCCUCCCACACGCAAAGCGUCUGCAGUCUCUGACGAUCCAUCCUCUCUUACGUUCCUGCAUUGGCCAGAAGCCAGCGGUGCGGCAGAGGAAGAAUCACAAUAUGUUGAAUAUUUGAAACACGUUUCCUUGUUCAGCACCGACAUCUUCAGCGAGGCAAUUAGCAAGCGCCUCCGCGACUUUGAAUACACAGCUCGCAAAUGGCAAAAGGAAGCGCGUGGAUACAAGGAAAGGAACACGCGUUUGCAAGCCGAGUCCUCAGCCAAGAUUGCGGUUCGAGACUUCAAGGAAGGGGAUCUCGCCUUGUUCUUGCCGACUAAAGGCCAGCGAACUGGCGCAUGGGCUGCCUUCAACAUCAACGCACCACACCAUUUCUUGCGGGAACGCGAAGGCAUGGUUCUGAACCGUCGUGAGUGGCUCGUCGCUCGCAUUUCGAAGAUCGAAGAACGUGUCGUCGAUUUGUCGAAACCAGCUGCCUCGUUCGACGGACGCAGCAUCGGUUCAACAAGUGUCGACGCUGCUUCUCUCGACGAGAUGAACGACAACCCUUUCGACCUAUCUGAUGGACUGACGUGGUAUUUGGUGCAUGCAUCCGAAGACAAGCCAGGCGCCCCGACUACACCCGGCUUAGGCAAAAGCACCGUAGCUAGCUCAUCGGUUGAUGCUAGAGGCAGCAUCCGCAUGAAGAAGCAGAGUGACCUGAGCGAAGCAACAAAGACACUUAACAAGAGUCUAGACAGCCGUCGCAGCAGCUCAAACUCUAAGAAAGGAUUGACAGCAGGUUUCUUGGGUGAAACUGUAAGAAGGGGUGAGAGUGGUAAUAGUGUCGUGGAUGACUCGUUGAGAAGGAAAGCUAGUGAGAGAGGAUUGGGUAUAGACUCUUCGGCCGCCACCGCCGCUACCUCGCCACAGCUGGAUAUGUCGGCGUCGCAGCAGCAGCAGGAGCAGCAAACUCAGGUGCGCAAAGAUCUUCUCUGGGGUCCUUGA